AUGAAGUACGAUGGAACCCAAGAUCCCCUGGAACACUUAACGGCUUUCGAGGCCAGGAUGAACCUAGAAGGGGUGGGAGACAAGGUCAGAUGUCGGGCCUUUCCGGUCACCUUGGCGGGCCCGGCGAUACGGUGGUUCAACAACCUCCCACAGGGCUCGGUGACCCAAUUCUCCGACAUCAGCCACGCCUUCUUGGCUCAAUUCACUAUCAAGAUUGUCAAAGCCAAACAUCCAAUCAAUUUGCUAGGAGUGACACAAAGACCCGGGGAGCCGACCAGGAAGUACCUGGACCGUUUCAAUGACGAGUGCUUGGAAAUUGACGGUCUGACGGACUCGGUGGCAAGUCUGUGCUUGACGAACGGGCUCUCAAAUGAGGACUUCAGGAAGCACCUCACCACAAAGCCCGUUUGGACAAUGCAAGAAAUCCAGUGCGUGGCCAAAGAGUACAUCAAUGACGAAGAAGUCAGUCGGGUCGUGGCCGCCAAUAAACGACAGCCCGCUUACAACCAAGGCCGGCACUAUGAAGGCAGAGAAAGACCCAAGGAACACGCCAGGGACGGCGGUUCGAGUAAAGCACCCAAACUGUUCCCCCGAGUUGGGAAGUUCACCAACUAUACCCCCCUCACGGCAUCAAUCACCGAAGUUUAUCAACAGAUAGCGGAAAAGGGGAUACUGGAUGGGAAACUUGCCGACUUCUCCCACCUUAUAAGGGAGCCAAGGAGACGCAACCGGGACCACGAUAGCGAAGACAGAUCCCGGUCAACAAGACGACGACAGGAACCAGAGGGUGACGACCACGGCCUCACGGUGGUAAACGUGGUAACGGCCAGGAACACCGCCCCAAGGUCAAGGUCGGCAUGGAGAAAAGACACCAAGGUCCUAGCGGUCUCCACCUCGUCUGUUAGGAGUUUCCGAGGCCUCCCACCCAUCUCCUUCGGACCAGAGAACCAAUGGUUUGACGAGGCGCCAGAAAGUCCACCCAUGGUCAUCACGGCCAGGGUCGAAAUGGGCCUCGUCAAGCGAAUCCUGGUAGAUACGGGGGCAGACUCGAACAUCAUGUUUCGAAACGUUUUCGAUGCCCUGGGACUAAGAGACGCCGACCUGACGACCCACCAGCACGGUGUGGUAGGGUUGGGAGACAAUUUCAUUAAGCCGGAUGGAAUCAUCUCACUCCCGACCUCCGUGGGACAGGGGCAGAAGCGACGAAAAGUCAUGGCGGACUUUGUAAUAUUAUGA